AUGAAUCACAACGAUAUACAAAUUAAAGUAUCAUCUAUUCAAUCAAAAACAUUAUUUAAACGUUUUCAAAAAAGAAAAAUUAGAUGGAUUAUAAUUUUUAGUAUUGUUGCAAUUUUGAUCAUUUUGAUCAUUAUUAUUCCAACAGUUAUUAUCAAGAAGAAAAAUAAAGAUACGACAACAACAACAACAACAACCACAACAACAGAAAUAAUGACGAUCACGCUAGAAACAAUAAAAUCAAGUGAAAUUACAGAGAAACCAUUGACAACAUUAACAAAAGGUAUUAGUUUUCGAAAAUUGGUUGGUUGGUUGCAGAGAUGGGCAACUCCGGGGUUCUGCCACUCCAACUCCACUCCAACUCCAGUCGUUUUCGUGAACUCCACUCCAACUCCAACUCCAUCAUCAUUAGGGUCCAACUCCACUCCACUCCAACUCCAGUUGAUUCUUCAGAAUUCCGCUCCAACUCCACUCCAACUCCAGCUAUUUUCUGCAAACUCCACUCCAACUCCAACUCCAUUGUGCUACAUCGCAACUCCAACUCCAACUCAACUCCACUUCAACUCCGUUUCGUUCAGAUUGGAAUAG